AUGUCAAAUUUUGAACGAGGACUACAGAAUGCUUUAAAAACAACUUGGAGUGAAAGCAUGGUGAAUGGUUGCAGGUUUCAUUUCGAAAAUGCAAUCACCAAGCAAUUAGCGAUUCUUGGUCUUCAGAGGGAAUACCGCCACCAAAUUCAAGUAAAGAAGUGGGCAAGAAAAGUUUCAGCACUUUGUCUCCUUCCUGCAAACAAGUUCUUGGUUGCUUGGGGAUCUCGAGUUAUUGAGAUUGCACAACUUAGUCGCGAAAUCAAAAUCAAACUAUUUGCUUUUAAAAAGAGUCUCAAUAGACGUUUGAAAUCAAACAUCGGUGAUCGACAUAGAGGAUUUUUGCAGUUUAUGAAAUUGCUUAACCAGCAUGUAAUAGUCCAUACAAUUCAAGAGCUUCAACAGCUUGCCUGCAAUCAGCCAGUCCGCCGUGACCAACGCGACUAUGGUGCAAUUGAAAAAAUGCGUUGUUUUGAGAAAAAACUUCGAGACGGAGUUUGGACAACUGAGAGAUUCCUAUCAACAGCAUCAUAUCUCUUUCAAAACUUCAAAGUAGUUGCUUUGGAUGAAAACUCAAUGAACGAGGUUGGUGAGAGUCUUCCUUUGCCAACUUCUACUUCAACAGAGUCACCGAAGUGCGUUGUUUGUACCGUCAAUGAACGAAAUGCAUUAGUAAUGCCUUGCAGACAUUUUUUGUUUUGUCAGCACUGCAUUCAACAAGUCCAAAAAAGCAACACAGCUCAUUGUCCCACUUGCCGAGGACCAAUAUCACCUAUCAUUGAACCUUUUCAACGAUUCAGUAAAAUUUUCCCUUUUACCUAUAUUUUCAAAACUAGAAUGUCACACAAUUGA